AUGAAUAUAGUUUUUAGGCCAUUCCUUGAUGAGUUCAUUGUGGUCUUUAUCGGUGACAUUCUGAUAUAUUCUAAGAGAAAGGAGGAACAUAAACAUCACUUGAGACUUACUUUUCAAACAUUGAAGGAAAAGAAAUUAUAUGCUAAAUUAUCGAAAUGUGAAUUUUGGCUGGAUAGUGUGACAUUUCUGGGACAUGUGAUAAUGAAAGAAGGUAUCUCAGUUGACCCACAAAAGAUAGAGGCUGUUGUAAAUUGGCCGAGACUAGCGAGUGUGAUAGAAGUUCGCAGCUUCUUGGGCCUAGCUGAAUACUAUCGCAGGUUUGUGAAGGAUUUUUCAAUGAUUGCUUUGCCACUUACUCAGUUGACACAAAAGGGGGUACCAUUCGAAUGGACUGAUCAAAGAGAGACAACUUUUCAAGAAUUAAAGACAAGACUUAUGACAACACCAAUUCUCACUUUACCCUCUGGCGCGGAUGGCUUUACCAUUUACAGUGAUGCUUCCUAUAAAGGCUUGGGAUGCGUGUUGAUACAAAAAGAAAAGGUAGUUGUUGAUCGAUUGACAAAAUCUGCUCAUUUCUUGCCUGUUAAAAUGACAUAUAAUGUGGAUAAAUUGGCUACCAUGUAUAUGAAUGAGAUUGUGAGGCUACAUGGAGUACCUGUAUCGAUUGUGUCUGACAGAGAUUCGAAAUUCAUUUCGAGAUUUUAG